GUUUUUGAACGUUUUUUCAAGAAUCUAAGAAGGUGUUACUGUAGUAGCAAAAGAAAAAUAUAUGAGAACUGUUUCCACCACAAGGCACUACAAUUCCCGAGAGCCACUGCGAGAUCUAGAACGUUAGCCCGGGCGGAUCGAGCGCGCGAGGUUCUGUUGCUGAGUUUCCGGAGCUGCGGCAAGAUUAGCUCGAUCAACAAAGCAAAGCAAGGCAAGGCGCGGGAACGGAAAAGCCGAGGGAUCGGAGAUCCCCGUUCUUAAUGCAUCACACUUCUGAGCAUCAUGCACAGGAGACAUCUUCAGGAAAUUCCAUGUUUGGGCAGCAACUUCACUACAAGUCUGCCAUGGGGUUGGAAUCCUAGCAAGACUUCAGAGCUCCUCUCAGGCAUGGGGGUGUCUGCUCUUAAGGAUAAACUAGGCAGUGAGAACACCCCCCAGGAACUGUUGAUGUGUGAGGGUCCACCCACCAAACGGCAGAAAGUGAGGGAAACCAAAUUUGUGAUUGUCCACCAGCCUAGACUGCUUCAAGAGGCAGUACCAGGUGUUUCUUGGGAUAGCUUGCCAGAUGAGUUGCUGUUGGGAAUCUUUUCGUAUCUUACCUUGGCUGAUUUGCUGAAAGUUUCCCAGGUUUGUCAGAGAUGGCAUCGCCUUUCGCUUGAUGAGUCGCUCUGGCAAACUCUUGAUCUAGCAGGUAAAAAUCUCUUGUCAGGAGUUAUUGGCCAAUUGCUGUCCUUGGGGGUGAUUGCCUUCCGCUGUCCAAGGUCCUGCAUCGGGACACCUUUGUUUAAAACAAGCAGAGCUCUUUGUGUGCAACAUCUGGACUUAUCGAAUUGUACAAUAAAGGUUGCAGAUCUCGAGAGUAUUCUUUCCAGAUGCCAGAGCCUGCAGAAUCUCAGCUUGGAAGGUCUUGUACUUUCUGCUGAUAUUGUUAGAAGUAUAGCACAGAACCCCAACUUGGUCCGGCUGAACUUAUCUGGAUGUUCUGGGUUCUCUGCAGAUAUCUUGGAAGUGAUGUUGAAAAGCUGUCCAAGAUUAGAAGAAUUGAACUUGGGGUGGUGUGACUUCACAGCCGAGCAUUUGAAGAUCGUAGUCAGUCACGUUCCUCCGAAACUAUUGCAGCUAAACCUUAGUGGAUACAGACAGAAUCUCCUGAUGCCAGAUGUUAAAACACUACUAGAGAGAUGUCCUGGUCUAAUCCAUUUAGAUUUAAGUGACAGUGUUAUGCUGAAGCCCGAAUGCUUUGUGUAUUUCCACCAGCUCACACGCCUUGAGCACUUAGGUCUUAGUCGAUGCUACCAAAUACCGCCUGCGGCUUUGCUUGAACUUGGUGAAAUAGCUACACUCAAAACACUGCAGGUUUUUGGAAUAGUGACUGCCAGUUCCCUACAGCUCUUAAAAGCGACGCUUCCUCAUAUAAAGAUUAAUACCUCCUAUUUUACACCUAUUGCAAGACCCACCAUUGGUUGCAAAAAGAUGAUUUGGGGAAUCCAGUGCAGGCUGAACUUGAGAAAUCCAGCUGGUGUUUAAUACAUCCCGAAAGACACUUUCAGACUUCUAGCGACAGCAGUAUCAGUUCCUCAAGCCUUAAGUAUGGAGUUCUUGCAUUCUGUUUUAACUUGACAAUUUGCAGUUAUGGACCUGGUUUCAUCAGUUUGUGACCAAAUGCUAUCAAGUGUUUUACCAGUUGUAUUUUUUUUUCUGUUUUAUUUUCCACUACUUUUACUGAGGCCUAUCCAAGAAAUGCUAAUCAUGCACAAAUAACUGGCAUGCAAUAUGCACACUCUUCUUGUGGAUAUAUAUAUUUUUUAAAAAGUAGCUCUAGUUAAUAAAACUUGAACAAGUUUUCAUAUUC